AUGGGGUUCUAUCCCACUAGAUAUGAAGAGAUUCCGAAUGUGGAUUUGCUCACAUGGAUAUUUGGUGGUCCUGAAUAUGACCAAGAUAAAGACAUAUACAUCGAUGCGCUUGACAGUACUCGAAGAACCACGAAUCGUCAAGCCAGGAGUACUGUCAGGAAAUUAAUUUAUGGCUUCAAACUGCUUGGGAUAAAACCCGGAGAUAGCGUGCUAGUACAUUCAUUCAGCGACAUAAUGUAUCCAAUCCUCUAUCUUGGGAUCAUAGGAGCCGGCGCUUCUUUUGUUGGCUCCAAUCCCGGUAACACUCCGAUCGAACUAGCCCAUAUCUUCUCUCAGGCUUCUAUCCAGUGCAUUAUAACAUCACCCGAGCAACACUCCACCAUCAUGCUCUCAAUUAACAAUAUUUCAGUUCCAAUAUCCCACAAUAAUAUAUUAAUCUUUAACACACCACACCAUCCCUCUAUCCCGGACGGAUUCCAAUCCUGGGAAACGCUCCUGAAACAUGGAGAAACUCCGUGGGAAUACUUCAAAGAUGAAAAGCUCUCAAAAGAAGCCAUCACUUCAUUAUUCUCGACAAGCGGCACAACUGGAACACCUAAAAUAGCAGCACUAUCUCAUCACGCAACGAUAGCACGAUGUAUCGCAUCAUAUGACCCGCACCCCAAGCCUUAUCCAGUCUCCCGGCUUCUCUGCCUUCCUAUGUUCCAUGGUGUCGCUGCAACUGCGUCACACAUAGAUCCUCUCCGCUACGGCAUCCCAACCUACAUUCUGCCGCGCUUCUCUCUUUUUCCCUUUUUAGACGCGAUUGAGAAAUAUAACGUUACCGAAACUUCCAUGGUUCCAGUAAUCAUGAGCAUGAUCUUACGGGGUGAGGCAGGAACAGAGGAAUAUACAAAAAGAAAGUUAAAUAGUUUGCGAUUGGUGAGAUGUGCGGGUGCACCGUUAGAUCUUGGUGUGCAAACAAGUUUUCAAGGGCAGUUGGAUGUGAAUGCAAAGAUUCAGAGGGCGUGGGGAUUGACGGAGUUUGGAACCGUGACAAGCUUUCUUCAGGGGGAAAAGGAUGAGACUGGAAGUUGUGGACGCUUGUUAGUCAAUGUUGAAGCGAGAAUUAUUGACGCAACCGGGUUGGAAAUAUUCGAGGAAGAUGUAAGUGGAGAAGUUUUGGUGAGAGGACCAUCGAUGGCGACGCGGUAUCUUGGAAAUGAGCAAGCGACAACAGACGCGUUUGCAGAUGGGUGGUUAAAGACUGGUGAUAUUGCUUACUGCAAGGCGGGAAAGUGGUACCUCGUUGGCCGCUCAAAAGAUAUGAUAAAAGUUAGAGGAUGGCAAGUUGCCCCAGCGGAGCUAGAAUCAUGUUUGAUGGAGCAUCCAUAUGUCACAGAUGUUGCCGUGAUUGGAAUCAAAUCAACAAGUCAGGAAACUGAACUUCCGCGAGCUUACGUGGUUCUUAGGCAGACAUCUGAUUCCAAGUCUGAGAUGGAAAUCCCAACAGAAGAAGAAUUAAAGACCUUUCUGGGAUCUCGAUUGGCGAAGUAUAAGGCGCUGGGUGGCGGGGUUAGGUUUGUGGAGUCACUACCAAAAACUGCUACCGGGAAAACUAUGAAGUUGGUUCUGCAGGAGGCUGCAUUGAAAGAAUUGAGAAAUAGAUAA